AUGGAUGCGCUUGCAAAUAUUGCCGUGCACACAUGGACUGACGUGUGCCACCGCAUCUCUCUGUUCUCUGAGCGGGUGGGGGCGAUGCGUGACGCCUGGUUUUCAUGCCGUACUCUUUUUAUUUUUUUAUUUUUUAAAUAUAUAAAUAUAUACAUAUAUAUUUGUUUCUGUAUGCACUCACGGGUAGGAGCAGGAAUAAGGGACUUGCAGUUCAGCCUUUUUAGUUUUUUUUUUUUUUUUUUUUGCGGCGGCAACGACACACACACUCACAGACACAUGACGGAGGUGACAAAACUGCCGCUGAAAUGCGAGCGUCUCGAGGUUCUGGACGAAUCAACGAUGGCAGCCUGCGGCCGACACGUCGUGUACUUCUGCCCACUGCCGGGAUCCGCGCUGUCAUCCGCCUCCUCUUCGGUUGUGGAGGUUUCUUUGGCAAAAAGUACCGUGUGCCUUGCGCCGUGGCAUCCUCCCGGGGCCGCGCUGCAGGAGUGCGGCGUCUUUUUCGCUGAAGUGGGCCACAUUCACUUCCGUCGCUGCUGCUGCUGCUGCGGCAACGAAAGUGUGCAGGAGUCGCGGGACGUGUUGGAGCCCCCACCGCCAGCCUCCAGCGGAAUUGAGGAGAUGCGGGUGUUUUUUGGCACAACGCUGGUGGUGCGCACCGCCGAAUCGGUUGCCUGCUACGCGCUUGACCCCACCCGUGGGGCUGAGGUGACACGACUGCCUUUGGUUGGCCGCGUAACGCUGCCCCACCCGGGCCUUACCGGGGACUCGACGGAGGUGCUCAUGAUGGACGGAUCCCCUGCUGGCGCCGUUGCCGGCGAUGUUGAUCACACGCUCGGGGUUGUGAUGUACUGCGGGACGACGCGGCGUGUGAGCGCUCUUCUUCUCGCGGUGGGGCCGGCAUGCGUGACAAUGCAAAGCGAGACACGAAGCGGCGGUCUGGCUUUGCCGUUUGAGUCGAAUGCAUCGUUGAGGUCGUGGUCGUUCAAUUGGUCCAGGCGCGAAGUGUUGUUUGUGUUUGCUGACGCUACAAGCAGCAGCAGCAGCGGCGACACCACGAAGUUGUUGACGAGGAGUUUGUCCCUGGCCACAAUGGAGUGGACGGUGUCCUCUACAGACUUGACGCAGCUGCCCUUCGUCCCUGCGGAUGUGGGACACACGCACACGGGUGACACAUGGGCGGUGGACAAUUCCUUUGACGGGGUUGUGAAGUUCUCGAAGCUCCUCUCCGGAUCUGUGAUGCGAGAGGUGGUGCUGCAGCGUGCCGCAGGGAGUGAUGCAAUAUUCUUGACUGCAUGGGGGUCCAGUCUAUAUGUGCUGAUGGGUAGGCGUGUCUUGGAAGUGCGGGAAGAUGAUGACAGGGACGGAGCGGCAACAAAGACGACAUUGUGUGACUGGCUGAUGCAGCAGGUUGCGAGGGAGCCACGUGACGUGCCGCACGUGCCAACGCCGAAGAGGAAGAGAAAAGAAGGCAAUGAUAUAGAGAAAGAGGUUGAUGCCAUAGUCGCCUUUUUAAGGAACCCCGCGUGCAGUUCUUUCGCCAUGAUUGUUCGCGACUGCCGCUAUGUUUCAUGCACACUGGACGCUGCGGGGGAAUAUUCUCACGCCAUUCUUGACGCGAUUCAGAAAGCAAGUGGGAAAAACUGCGACAACAGCUCUCUUGUGCGGUACAUUGCCGUUGCGCAGUCACUGCAUCCCCUAACGAUUCUACGUGUCUUGAGCGUCUCUGACCCGUCAAUCCGUCUCACCCUCGCUGUGUUGCUUUCGACGAAGCCAACACUUGUGGCAGGUGGGGUGCGACUGUUGGAGUGGGGUCCGCCAGUGCGUGCCUUUUGCCGGAGCGUCGGACACAUGCAGGCGAAGCUCUUCACGGCAGCAAUGUGCGAGACGGCCCUCACAGCUCUCGCCGCCGGUGCGCUUGGCGCCGUUGGAUUACUUUGCGCCGUUGCGGACGUUGUGAUGGUCACGGUGCUGGGCAACGACAAACGUGCCGUUGUGUCCCGCGAGGAGGCGGCGGCGGAGGUGACCAUCGUGGAGGCCGUUGGUGUCUUGUCUUCAUACGCGCAGUGGGCACUGGCAGCGGCACCGGCACUUGGCACCAUCACGGCACACGUGGGGCCCGUGCGCAAGGGAAAGAAGGAGGCCGCUGUACGUGACCGCGUCGCUCACAGCAUCCUCCUCUCACGCAGCGUGCAGAUUGAGCCGCUGUCGCUGCUGGAGCGGCGGCAUGCAAGUUAA